AUUGUGCAAAAAAAAAAAAAAAAAACAGAGGAAACGUUUUGAGAUAUUUGUCGGUCGGCUUCAGAGGUAAUAGCAGCAUCGAUAAUGAAAGUCCUCGGUAUCAUCGCCUUGUGCUUAAUCAGUAGAACAGUGUGUAACAAGAUAGAUCAGAUUCUGACUGUCGAAAAGAUGAUCAACUGCCCCGACAGGGUGGCGCGUAACCCGAACUUCUUCUCAGAGUACAACUACGCGCGUAACAUCACUUACAGGAAGUACAAACUGGUGCAAGUACCGAGCGGGUACAUAUACAUCAACACGGGAGUUAGAAAGUUGAAAACAACUAUAGUUUUAAAGAGGUGCAACUCCAAGGAUGACAGCAGUUGUGAGAACUUCCUUAAAAUGAAAUACAACGAUCUUUGCAAGAUGAUGGAAGACAAGGACCAGGUGUACACCCCAUUUGCCGAAGCGUUCCAUCCGCCGAUCCGAUGCCCUCUGGUCAAGGGAACUCUCUACACGAUAACCAACGCCACGAUCGACGCCUCGGGCGGUCUCAGACUGCUGAAGCACGUUCCGAACGUCUUGAACGACUUCUGGGCUUUAAGGUUCGAAGGGAGGUCCAACAACGUAGAAGUCUGGUGUCUUGAGCUCUGGUUGAAGUUUUACGAGAUAAAGAGGCGGAAUGAUUAAAAACCAAUAUAUUUUAAUGAUUUUAAAUUAUUAUUGCACAGAAAGCACCGGCAAUUGAGCAAAAGACUCAUAAAUAUACACUUUUAAUAGAAUUUUUUUCGUGAUUCAUGCAGUGCU